CGUAGCACAAACAACCCGUAUUUCGUGUGUGUGAAGAGAAAGAAGUUAUUUGUGAAGUGUGGUCCAUUUCAUAAUACACAACAAUGGAACUUAGCACGAAUGAAAGCAGCAUGCAAAUUAUGGAUUUGGGUUUUCAUUGUCUGGAGAACUGUUUAAGACACUUGACCAUUGAAGAACUUCUGAACGUUGCCGAUUCCAAUAAGGAAAUGAGAGACACAGCCAGAUACGUCUUCAAACGGAUGCAUGGUCGGAACUUGGUGCAUUUCAUCGAAGUAUUAAAAUUUCGGAAUGGCGAUGAUGAGCGCACCUGUGAAUGUUGCCGGGGACGAUUCUUCGGUCGCCUUCGUUCGUCUGACAAAACUAUAGAAAUUCGCCAAUUGAAAUUGGGAUUACAAUUUUUGCGCUGUUUCGGCGAUCUAUUUUCUGAAAUUGAAUUCCGGUUUUGUUUUAGACAAGUUCAACCUUCUUCGUCGCAUUGUCAGUCUAGGCAAAGUGAACUUAUUCAAUUUCAUAGAGCUCAUGAAUGGGAACCUCUACUCAUCGGAUAUAUAAACGAGUAUUGCAGCGAGUCUUUGACCAAAAUCGAAUUUUAUGGAAAAGAUUCCAAAGAUUAUUCGAGCCAUGACUUGAUCAAACUAACAAAACCAUUUGUAAAAGUUGAAAAACUGAUAUGCGACGUGUUUUUCCUAGCUAAAAAGAAAUUGCACGAAUUAUUCCCGAAACUACGUGAACUAGAAUUAAGAAGCGUUUGCUUUAGUGAAGAUAUGCCACCUUUGGACAAUGAAUACAUAGCAAACUGUUUCCCUUAUCUGGAACAUUUGACGAUUAACUUGAGUGACAUGAACAAAUGUAACAGAAAAAAUUUUGCGAUCGCAUUGCGUUUGAAUCCUCAAAUUAAAACUUUAGCGGGCAACAUAUGGUUCGAAGUGCUGUUCGACGCCGACAAUUUUCAUUUUUGGAAUGGAAACGAAGAUUUCCAAAAUCUGGAAAAAUUACAACUCAAAAUAAGACUACACGCAAAUCCUAAGCUGCGCGAUAUUCUCAUGAAACCGGUCAGCGAAGAUUUACAUUUCAAAAAUCUGAAGGAGUUAAACGUUGAUUUUGGCACUGACGUCUACGAUGACACAGUAUGGACAUUUCUGUUUUUUUGCGAUAAGCUCGAAUCAUUGACAAUUUCUUCCAAUUGUGAACUUCGACAAUUUUCCAAUUUAUUGAAUAAACAUCCGACUGUGAAAAAACUUGACAUUGACAACUAUGCUGACAUAAUGUCUUCUGAUGAUUGCUUAAGGAUUUCGAGAGCAUUCCCAUUGCUGGAGGAGAUUUUAUUCGGUGUGGAACCUGACGAUUUCGUUGCAGCAAUUGAGAUGUUUCCUUCUUUAAAAUGUUUCAAGUAUUUGGAAUGGAAAGAGAAGAGCUGUGACGUCAUAAAUAGGUUACGUCCGCUUAACGGUUGGUCAGUUUCAAAUACAAAUGCAAUAUAUAACACUCGCUUAAUUGAAGGGAAGCGUCACAGUUAAACCGAUU